AUGGCCCUGCGACCGGCCGCGGCGAUCUACCACCGCUUUUGCUUCGACGACUCUGGCUGGGGCCCUCUCUCGGAUCUCUUCACCUCUGCGAUGCUCGGCGAGGCGUCGGAGCUCGAGCGGCUGGUGGCCGACACGGCAUCACCGCCGCUCGACGCGGCCGACGCACAUGGAUGCACCGCGCUGCACCACGCCGCCCUCAGCUCCAGCGUCGCGGCCGUGCUCGUCCUCCUCGAGGCGGGCGCGGACGCCAGCGCUCGCGAUGCAACCGGCGCGACGCCGCUGCACGUCGCGGCGUACAACGGGCGGCUAGAUGCCUGCAAGCUGCUGGUGCUGCACGGCGCGAGCGUGCACGCGCGGGACGAAGGUGGCCACACGCCCCUCUACGACGCCACCUUUGAGGCGAGCAAUCGCGGCGCCUGCCCUUGCGCCGCCGACAGCUCGGAGCUGCAGCGCGGCCGGACGGCCUCCUUCCUGCGGGCGGUGAUGGCGAUGCCUCCCCACGCGGCGCAGGCUCACGUCGCCCGCUCGUGCGAGAUCGCAAUCUCGGCGCGGCUGCAGGACGCCCUCGUCGACGGCGGCGCCGGCGCCUUUGCUCGGCUGCUGAGGCGGUGCCGCCGCUUCGUCGACGCACGCGACUAUGACGGCUCCACCGCGCUGCACGCCGCAUCAGAGGCUGGCGAUGCGCGAGCGGUCCGCUUGCUUCUCGAGGCGGCGGCAGACGUGGCGGCGACGACCAACUGCGGCGAGACGGCGCUCCACUUUGCGGCGAGGGAGGGGCACAGCCCUGUGGUUGCGGCGCUGCUUGAGGCCGGCGCCGACGCCCUCGCCGCCUCGCGCUCCUCGACCAAUCCCGUCGACGAGGCGAGGCGCCGCUCACAGCGGACAGCGGACAGUGGCGGCGGCGGCGCCGGCGGAGAAUCGGUGCUCUCCCUCCUCGAGGCGCGCCUCGCGGAGCUCCUGCGGGAGCUGCUCUCGCGCCCUCGCUGGGCGGGCCUCCUCCGCGGACCACUCGCGCUGCACCACUGCGCGGAGCACCUCGAGCAGGCGGAUGCGGAGGCAGAGGUGUCGGCGGCACCGCGUCCGCAGUGGGCCGAGGCGCUCGGGGUGACCGCCGACGGGCUAGCGAGGCUCUCGGCGGCGCUGCGUUCGAACGUGGCGAGGCUGAGCGAGGGCCUUGCCGCCGCCGGCGACGGCGACGACGACGACGACGCGCUCUACUCGACCGUGCUGCUGCCGCGCCUGCGACUCGUCAACCACGCCUGCGAUCCAAACACAGAGGUGGUCUGGCUACCGGCGGCCGCCGACGCCGGCGGGUGCGGCAGCGGCUGCUACGAGCUGCGCGCGCGGCGCCGCAUCGAGGGCGGCGAGGAGCUCUCUUUCAGCUACCUCGGCUUGCCCGCCACGGGCAAGCGCCGGCCGACUCGCGCCGAGCGACGCGAGCAGCUGCACGAGCGCUGGGGCUUCUGGUGCGAGUGUGCGCUGUGCGGCAGCGAGGGUGGAGACGCGGUGCGAGUGCAGGCCAGCCCCGCGUCGCGAAAGAGGGUACGGUAG